GAAGAACGUUGCAAAAGUCGCGCAAGUAGUCGACGUAUUUUUUUUCUCAAGUAAAUUUUUUCAUCGCAAAAAAUGUGAUUUUCCCGUGUUUUUUUGCAUUUUAUCAUUUUCUUUUCUUUUAUUUUCCAUUAUUUUAUGUUCAUUUGAAUGAUUUAUGUGUGGAAAAUAGGAUUUAGUUGAGGAAAAACCAGUGAAAAGCGAUAUGACAUACUAACACAACAACGGGCUAAUCAACAAAAGCAAUUGACAAUAAAUAUAAAUUAGAAACGUAAAUGGCUCAGAAUAGCGUGGCAAGUCCACCAAUGUCUCCCCUUUCAUCCCAUUCACCCGGACCAUCCCCAUCGACGUCCACUGCAGCUCCAUUGAGCCCCAAUCAGCAGAAAUUGCAAGUGCUGAAGCAGAAAAAGGCUGAGCUUGAGAAGAAGCUAUCCGAGAAGAAUAGCCUCCUGCAGGAGAUUUGCCGCAAAGAGGCUCAACUUGUGGGAAUUUAUCCAGUUGCCGGGGAUGGUGUUCUCCCCACGUCAUCGACACUACCACGAAAAGUUGGCACGAGUUUCAAAUUGUCCGAAAUCCUUCUUAAUAGCAAGGAGGACGAUGUCAAUAAUCUCCUGCUGCAGAAGCAGCUACAGCAGCAAAUAUGCAAAGCAUCGCAAAAGCUGAUGAGUGACACAACACAACCAAAAUCCGUACGAAGAGCACAUAAAGCCAACUAUGAGGCGGCACAUCAGAAGCUAUUGAGCAUUAAUCACACACUGGCACUCAUAAAGAGACGUCAGUAUCAGCAGCAUACGGAGGAGAGUCCUGCUAUGCGGAGGAAUAGUGUUGGGAGUGCGAAUACACGUCCCAAAACGGCUAGCAUUAAUUCGGACAGUUCGGGCAAUAUAAAUGGUAGUGAGGGGGCACUAAAUGAACCCUCAGCAGCCUAUCAGCACCUCCAUCAUUCACCCACAAAGAGUGUGGCAUCAUUUCCGGGCGCAGGCAUCCAUGGUAAUAGGAAGCACAGCAAUACAAUGCAGUUUUACCCAACAUUUCAGGGGCAUGUUGUACCGGAUCCUCAUGAUUUCUACUACAACAACCAUCACAUAAAACAUCGAUCGGCAAUUUUGCUUCAGCAGCAGCAGCAGCAGCAACAACAGCAGAAUCAUCAUCUUUUCUAUCCACCUGAGGAGCCACAGAUUUAUCUGCAACCUCCGGAUUUGUUCUGCGAUCAAUUCGUUGAGCCUGCUCGCCCACCGGCAACGUCGUAUCACACAGUGGCUGCUGCGCAGUCAGACCUCGAUGGGGGAGCAUUUGGGGUGAAUACAGUGGCAGGAUUAGGUGGUUAUUGGGCACUAAAUGAGAAUAAUGAGAGAGUUUGGUGCUCCAUGGAGAGAUUUUCGAGUCUUGACAGGAAUAAACAGCAGACUAGGGUGCCGAGGAUUCAUCAAAACGUCACGCCAACAAAAUCCAUGAGUUUGGGCAAUUUUGACUUCCUGACAAAGCACGAUGGAGACUCCAUAUCCCUAUCAUCGUUGAGUAGUGAGAAGAAGCAACAACUGAGGGAGAAGGUUUGGUGUGAAACAUCAUUGGAUAGUGUUGUGGUGAAGCCAAAAACCCAUUCGCGUCCUGUACCACCUAUCCCGUGUGAGGAGCAUCCCAAGGAGAACAUUUACCAAAAUCACAGUGAAGUUGCAGCAUCGGCCCUCGAAAGAUCCCUCAGUCAGGCACCUUUUGAUCAGCAUCAUCAUCGUCCCCCACCGUUGCCCCCGAUGUCCUCAACAAUGGCCCGAAAUGCCGGUGUUCAGAGGACAAAUUCCAACAUUUCAGCAAGUGGUGCGUGUCCCGUGGCAACACUAAAUAAAGCGGCGGAAAUUCGAAUUGAAUCCCCGAAAAAUGUAACGGUGGUGCAACAAGCCAAAUUUAUGCCAUACAAGGAGGUGACGAAGCCCUUUGAAAUGUCCGACUUCUACAAAUACUCCACGAAAUUCCGGCAGAAAGUUAUGCUCGGUGAGGUGAAUGUGACAACGUCUGUGGAGCCAGCAAGCAGUAGUAGUGACACACAAGCCAUUCAAAAGGGGGUCUACCAACCACCAAAUCCAUCAAUUUGCCACCCCAUCAGCUAUCAGUGACACAUGCACUACAAGUAAGACUUUUUUUUAAUUCAUUUAAUUUUAAAUUGAAAUUUUUUCUUAUAUAAAUUUCACAUUCAUUUCUCAAUUGUUUACUAUAAGGGACCUUUUAUAUUGUGUAAGUUUGUAUUUUUUACGGCUCUGACAUUUUUUUUUUGAUAAUUUUUUUGUGUAAUAAAUUAUUUUUUGUAAGGUAAAAUAGAAAAAAA